UGCAGCGAUAUGGCAAGCGCAAACAAGUUUUCGUGCCACAUCAUCCUCGAAGAAGCCCUUGAACAAUUGUGUCAAACUCGCCUCAGUUCAUGAUGGCCACCGGCUGACGCGCUAUCACGUGCACCCACAGAGGGUUUGAACUGCCCAAUGCCCCUGCACCCGCAUCGCCACUUUUCACAGCUCAUUGUGCCAUUUCAGCCAACAAACAGCAAAGGCUCCAGGCAGCGACACGAGAGGCUGUCUGCCUGUAUUACGGUGAAUUGUUGCCAUCGUCUUCUGCCUGAUCGUCCACAGCACCUCGAGCCAGUCGGCCCUUGCCCUUGGAGCUGGAAGUUGCGCUUCGAAAGGUACCUGCGGAGGAACAUGCCAUAUAUUUGAGCAUAUCUAUGUCUGCCCGAUAUUCCUGGCCAGACCCUCAACGGUGGCGAUCGACGGCAAUUGACAAUACACUUUGCGGGGCGCUGCUCGUAAAGAGCUGUAGGACAUGGCUGGCAUCUCUAGAGCGGUCGCAGCUGAUAUCCUAUCUCACCUGCUCAACACCCUCGAGUACCCGCCACAGGAGAGGCAUCGGAAGAGAUACAGUAGCUUGGUCGAAGGCAACGAGGCGGCCCUGCAUAGAUACCUGUUCUCAUGCCUCCGCCCGGAAGUUCUCGAGGUCUUCAGUCACCAAUCCUCUCUUCCGUCUUGGGCAACCCUGAGGAAGUUGAACGAGCAGGGUCCUCCGCCGCCAGAUGCGGCUGGUGUCUACCUAAAUAUCAUCCGUGGCACCGACGGCCAUGACAGGCUGUACGUUGGGCAGACUACUCGCCUGAAUCAGCGCAUCUUUCGCCAGCACAUGAAUUUUCGCUAUCGCCGAGACAACAGGUCUCUCCACUACCAUGCCAUCGAGUACAGCAGUUGGAACAACUUUGUCGUGCUAGCCGUUCCGCCACCACCUUCUGGGUCACUCCCAUCGUGGCUUCGUGGGAGCAAUCCCCAGCUAAUACUCAAUGUCCUCGAGAUGUGGUGUGCGCUUAUGUUCAAGACAUUGCCACGGAACACCUUUGAAGACUGGCUGCCGGAAAAGUAUCUCGACGCUGAGCAUGCAGAUUGGUUUCCGCUCAAUUUGGCCCUGCCACUGGACCAGGGAGACCAUGAGCUUGGCGCUACCGUGGAUUGGGGUGAGGCGUUACGAAACGCCAAUGACCCUCUCGCAAGAGGAUAUGCCUCGGGACGCGCACCGACUUCGACAUCGCUGUCGGUGCAGCACGAGAAGCCGGCCGAGGUAGAGUCGGCGGGACUGGGAGCAAGCAGCAUUGUACUGCUGGCCUUUGCUGCCGGAUUUGUGGCAGGAGCUUUCUGGCAGAAGAGGUAAAGCUCCUGUAGCCACGCUCUGGCUCGUUCAUGAAUGUGGCUAAGAAUGUUGGUGCCCGAAGAGGCCACAGCAGACGCACGCAGGCACAGCGUGCAGAACAUUAAGCGAUCGACGGGGUCAUGCUAGGGCACAGAGCAUUACUGUAAUUGACGGAACGCUAUUGGAGCCGCAUGGGACCGCAUGGGACCGCACUGGAGUACGCGGCGGGACUGGAGCUGAUGAUGUCAUGGGCCUAAGGUCCACGUUGCGAUCACGUUUGCUUUAGCGACGAUCAGUAACGUGACCAGAUCCACAACCUCAAGAGAGGCCAUCAAACCGCUUCAAUAGUUGCCCUUUUGACCGUUCAGAGGUUCCUCACUCGUUCAAUUUCUUUGCGGAAGAGAUUUCUGUUCAAUGCCCACCUUGCAGCAAGAAUGUUCUCAUACCAGGUCAUUUCACAAAGUCUGCUUCCAACGCGUAACCCGUGGCGAGCAUUGGCG